AUGGCGACUGCUAGCACCGUCCAGCUACAGGCCAGCCAGAAGCCCGCAUACUACAAAUCCGGCAUCACAUCCGAGACUUCAAAGAGAGCAUCGGAACUCCUCCAGGAGAAUCACGAGCGACACCACAUUUUCUUCAACCACGAAGGCUUUCAUAACCAUAUCGUUCAUCAUUUGCUUACACUAUGGUCUUUGGGAGCUGGAACGGCUGACAUCCAGAAAGGUUACGACGACAACCAAUCCUACCAGCGCCCAGCAAUCACCCCAAAGAGUUCCAUCGUCGGCCAACUCCAAGAUGUUGACACCUUUAUGCAGCAUCUCGGCCCGGAGAAGCACUACCCUGACUUCCUCGAAUUCUUCAAACAUGAGAUCGAGGCAAAAGGCUGGCAGGAAACUCUCCGGCAAUAUGUCUUCGCGGGAGAUCAGAGAGCCGAUGACAUGCUGGUCAGAAUGUACUCGGGCUUCCUCCAUCCUAUCAUUCACCUAGGUUUCGGCAUUGAGUUUCAGCAGCCCGCAAUCAUCGCCGAGGCACUUGCACAAGCCGCAUGCCACGACAACUGGCUUGGACAACUGCUCCUUCCGGCGGAGAAAGUAGCUGCUAGCCGAGCCGGUGGGACGUCGAAGAGCAUUGUCCAGCUCAUAGACGAAAUCCAUGCCGACAAGCAGAUCAUCGACGCAGUCCGCUGGGAGGAUGGCAACAAGAUCCGCGACGGCCUCCUCGCCCGUGCUGGAGACCGCAUGAUCGACUACCUCUCUCAAGUCAAGGUCAAGCCAGACGACCUCGAGCUCAAGAUCGCCGAGAUGACAAAUGCCUGUAUCUACUACACUGGCGGCGCGCAGAGAACCGACAAAGCGGUCAAGUUCGACUUCUUCUACAUGCACUCGGUCAACAGCAGCAUUUUCUGGUCCAGCUUUUUGAAGCAAGACUGGCUGAGCGAAGUCAACAAAGUCAGAUUGUUGGAAUGGAAGAUCCGCCUGGACCUCGCCAUGUAUGCUUCGCGUCGUUCGCCCGAAGUUCGUCUGGACUUGAUCAGAGACUACAAACCUUGUAAGCCUUCUGGCUGGGAUGAGAUACAGGCUCGUGUGUGUGCACUGCCGGACGACGGACAUGCUUCGAAGCUGGUUCGAGCGAUCGCACAUGGUGAGCAGAUUUGUGAGCCAUACGAAGAGAGCGAUGCCUUUCGGGUGAGAGGAAGCGAUUGGCUUCAGCUCGGGCAUAUGAUCAUCGACUCUGUCGAAGCACCCGGCGAAACAUGGGUGCGAUCAACUGGAUUUGACGAGGCCUGGAAGCAUGUUCCUUUGCGAUCGCAGUUGUAA